AUGGUGGGCACCGGCCCUCAAGGCAGGCUGAGCGAGCUGGCACGGUGCUCCGUGGUGAACUACGAGGGGGAUGUCAUCUAUGACAAGUACAUUCAGCCUGAGCUCCCCAUCGUGGACUUCCGGACACGCUGGAGUGGCAUCACCAAGCAGCACAUGAAGAGGGCAAUUCCCUUUAAGGCUGCCCAGGCAGAGAUCCUGAAGAUCUUGAAAGACAAGAUUGUGGUAGGACACGCCAUCCACAACGACUUCCAAGCCCUGAAGUACUUCCACCCGAAAGACAGGACUCGAGACACCAGCCAGAUCCCUGUGCUGAAGCAGAGGGCAGGGCUGCCUGUCAGGGCCAACGUCUCGCUCAAGAACUUAGCCAGGCACCUGCUCCAUAAAAGGAUCCAGGUUGGCUGCAAAGGACACUCAUCGGUGGAAGAUGCUCAAACAGCCAUGGAGCUGUACAGACUGGUGGAGGUGCAGUGGGAGAAGGAGCUGGCCCGUAGCCUGCCCCCCCGGCCCCCCAGCCCUGUCACAGACCCCACUGCAGACAGCAGCCACUACUUGGAUGACCAGUACUGGCCCACAGACCUGAUAUCAAACAGCCUGUGAUGGGGGACAGUGUCUCUUCCACGUGUUUCGGGCUAUCCUGGUGCCUUCAGCUCUGAAAGGUGGAGGUGACCGCUGACCUCCUUCCCCAGGGGUUGUACUCCACGGGCUCUGCCCACUACCCAGCCCUGCCAGGGAUGGAGACACGGUGACCCCUGAACAGCAGCAAUCUCCCAGAAACGCUGUCUGCAGCCUCUGGCUCGUGCACAGAAAUCAGGGCUGUGGCUGUGCCUGCGCUGUGUUCAUCUGUCACUUUGGGAUGAGUAGGGUCCUAGUGUCAG